AUGAUGUUUGGCGAUAGUAUUAGUUCAGCAAAAAACAUUAUACUCAUUGGUUAUCAAAUGGUAUUCGUGUCAAUAAUGCUUAUAAUUUGCAAAGGAUCGAAAAAAAGCCAAACUUCGACGACGAGUUGCUCUUCCACGUCAUUGAAUUUGGCGCAAGGCCAACAACCGCAGCAACCGCAGCAACAACAACAGGUUUUGGCGCCAAAAUCGAGCUUCAUUUUGGAGACCGAGAAAGAGACGGAGGCGGAUAAGAAGAAAAAGGAGGAAAAGGAGAAAGAGAAGAAGAAAAAAGAGGAGGAUGAAAAGGGAGGAAAAGGAAGCAUCAGGAAUGAUAGUAGAAGAGAUGAGAAAGGUGGAGAAGGGGGUAAGUUCGCUAUAAUGAGUAUUUUGGUGGGCUCAAGGCUUUUUAAGGCGUAUUUUCUAACCUAAGUCCGAAAUUGAUAUUCCAGGGGAAUUUUGAAUUUUCAAAUUUUAAGCAACAUUUAAACCAACCUUCCACCUUACUAGAAAUCAAUUGCCACGUGGAUUUUUGCUUAGAAAAUCAGUAUUUUUCCUGACAGCGCAAAAUUCGAAAAAAAGAAAAAUGACCGUGGCCUAGAAAACUAGCGAAAACCUCGGCCGCCUGCAUAAAUUUUUAAAUUUUCUCCGAAAAAACCUAGAUUUUCAGCCUCAAAACCACGUUUUUUCAGAUGAUGACAAAUACGACGAAUACGGAAACAUCUUGCCGAAACACGAAAAAACGGUUCGAAUCGAGCUCAGCGAUGACCCCUCAAAAACGCAUUCAACACGAACAUUGGAAGCACCAAAAGUCAAAGAUCGACUAUCAGAUAUCGGACUUUUUGAAAUGAAAGAUGUGUCAGAAACGGAGAAAAAGAAGGACAAAGAUGAGCCGAAAUUGCAACCGCAGAAAAAGGCGCGAACAAUGAGCCCGACAGCGAGAAAAUCCGAAGAUGAUAAAUUGGAUGUGACUCAAGAUUGUUGCGCAGAGGUUGAGUAG